CAGCAACUUCAACUCUGCAGUAUUCUCCCCAAUCGCCUUUCACCAACCUCACACCUUGUAUCUUCCUUCAAGCAAUCAGUCAUCAUGAAUACUCAGGUCACUCCCUCAAAGACCGCUGCGUCUGCCAUUGAGGGUCUCAAGAUGGGCGACUCGCCUGCUAAGAAGCUCGACUUCCAUGCCGCUGGCAAGGAGAACCUGCCUGUUUCCGUCAACGCGCCAAUCGUUGACGACAUCGAAAUCAAGAAGCCCAUCGUUGAGGAGGUCAAGUUCGAGAAGUCCGUCGUAGUUGCGCCUACCAUCAAGCCCGACGAGUCAGACGAGCCUCUCCUUCAAGAGAAUCCCCAACGAUUCGUUCUCUUCCCAAUCAAGUACCAUGAGAUCUGGCAGAUGUACAAGAAGGCCGAGGCGUCUUUCUGGACCGCCGAAGAGAUUGAUCUAUCGAAGGAUCUCCACGACUGGAACAACAAGCUCAAUGACGACGAGCGUUACUUCAUCUCCCACGUCCUCGCAUUCUUCGCUGCAUCCGAUGGAAUUGUCAACGAGAACUUGGUCGAGCGCUUCAGUGGUGAGGUCCAGAUCCCUGAGGCUCGUUGCUUCUACGGAUUCCAAAUCAUGAUGGAGAAUAUCCACUCCGAGACAUACUCCCUUCUCAUCGACACAUACAUCAAGGAGCAAGCCCAGCGCACAUAUCUCUUCAAUGCUAUUGAGACCAUUCCAUGUAUCAAGAAGAAGGCCGACUGGGCUGUCAAGUGGAUUCAAGACAAGAACUCUACAUUUGCUCAACGUCUCGUCGCAUUCGCCGCCGUCGAGGGUAUCUUCUUCAGUGGUUCCUUCGCGUCCAUCUUCUGGUUGAAGAAGCGUGGUCUUAUGGCUGGUCUUACCUUCUCCAAUGAACUCAUCUCUCGUGACGAGGGUCUCCACACCGACUUUGCUUGCCUUCUCUUCUCUCACUUGAAGCACCGCCCAAGCAAGCAAGCUGUCCAAGACGUCAUUACCGAAGCUGUCGAGAUUGAGCAAGAGUUCUUGACUGAGGCUCUUCCUUGUGCACUCCUUGGCAUGAACUCGAAUCUGAUGAAGCAAUACAUCGAGUUCGUCGCUGAUCGUCUGCUUCUUGCCCUCGGCAAUGAGAAGGUCUACAAGUCUGCCAACCCAUUUGACUUUAUGGAGAACAUCUCGCUCGCUGGCAAGACUAACUUCUUUGAGAAGCGCGUUGGUGACUACCAAAAAGCUGGUGUCAUGGCCGGCACACAAAAGAAGCAUGAAGACACCACUGCUCAGACCGAGGCAAAAGCAGAGAAUGGUGGAGACUUCAACUUUGACGAAGACUUUUAGAGGUCCUCUUGCAUUUUCUUUCUCUGUAAUAUCUGGGUUAAUUGGCGUUGGCAUCUUUGUACAGAGCAUUGCAUCUCUCUUCUCUUCUUCGUUGUUGCAUAGAUGGCGAGGUCGCCGGGUGCAAACGAGUUAACUUGGAUUGUUUGGACAUAAACUUAUACUGAUGGCGUUCAUGGAGCAUGGGUAUGGAGGUCAUGGUUGACACAACGAGGGACGAUUAGGGGAUGGUAGGAUAACGAAUGGGCAGAAAUGAAAAAAGAAUACCAUAG